UUCAAAUCAUGACAUCUGUGUCACGGAUACGGUACGCACCGUACCGGAUCGCCAAGUUCAAAUCUGACAACUCGCCACUUCACUCGUUUGCUCCAAGAGGAUUGUUGUUGAGGAGAACGAUCACAGCAUAGCAUAUGUCAUACGGUAUGGUAGCAUAGCACAAGCAAGAUAUCCUGAUAAUAAUUGCAUCUUUUUGUCAGUACACCAUGAGAAGGAUUGCUACAUUGCUGUUGUUGGGUUGUCUUUGCAACGAUCCUGCAUCGGCAAGGUUCUUUCAUCGGCGCCGACUGAAUGAUCUCCGCCCACAACAACAGGAUGACACUCACAGAUUCUAUGGUCCACCAGGAAGGCCAUUUCGUCGAAACCGCAAGGAUUGGUUCGGCACCAGCAGCACCAGCAGAGUAGGUCCAUUGCAUGGUGGUCACCAGGAUACUAUCGAUGUACCCACGUCUUCAUCUACAGAAGAAACAACCACGGAAUCGACCACCACUCAGGAACAAGCACCACCACCACCACCACAACAACAAGAUGGAAAACAACAACGAAUCAAACGUCUGUUUGGAACCUUUUCCAAACACAAGACUUAUCCCUAUGAACAAAACCUAAAACUGAUACGGAAACGACUCGAUGCCAAACUGGCUCAGAUCAAGAAUUCCGCCAAGACCAUGUUUGACGAAAGCAGUGAUGGCGUGAACCCCAAAGAGCGACUGUUAUCGGCACUGGGACCAUCUCUCAUGGCGGUUUGGGGAAAUCGGGGAGCCGAAUCGGGACAAAUACUCUCCUUUGCUACCCUCUAUGCCUUGAGUCUACUAGGAGCUUCGGUGGGAUUUUACUGUUUCCUAUACUUUAUCACUGUGGGAUAUGCCCUCGGAAUCACCAUUCCCAUGACUGCCGCUUUGACGGUAUAUGUCCAACGACUACGAACCAUGGAUCUGGUGGUGCCUCCCGAAUGGAAUGGUGUGUCCACCUUGCUGCAUAGUGGUUUGGUGGUGGUGUGGGGAAUCCGUGCAUGGGUAUUCUUUGUUUGGAGAGAGUACUUCAACUGGCCCGAUCUACACAAACAGAUCCAACAUGUCAAUGAAAACAAUGCUCCAACACUCCCCGUCAAAUGUCUCAUUUGGGUCAUAUACUCAUUUCUAUACACGUCCAUGCUCAGCCCGUGCUGGCUUCGACUCCAACAAUCAUCUAGAAUUAUGGUACCAAAGGCGACCACCAUUUUCCUCCCAGUCAAAACAACAACAACACUGCAUCCGCUGAAAUGGAUUUGCAUCUAUCUUCCCAUUGGACUGCAAAUGGUGGGACUCUUGCUGGAAACAAUUGCCGACUAUCAAAAGAGUGCAUUCAAGCGACACAAUAAUCGAUACGAAUGGUGUCAUGUGGGACUCUGGAAAUGGUCCACGCAUCCAAACUACUUGGGAGAAAUGAUUUUUUGGACCGGAACGUAUCUGGGAUGGAUUCUGUUCUCGGCGGCCGUGGGAUUGUUUUCCACAUCUGCCAAAACAUUGGCCACGCUUCCGUCCACUGCAUCGUGGUUGGGACAGCUGGCGUUGGCGUCGGUGGGGUACUUUUUCAUCACCACCGUGCUGCGUGGGAGCAUUCGUUCCAUGGGAGACAAGCACUGGCAAAAGUAUGGACACAUCCCCGAGUAUGCGGCGUUUCGGCAAAGUCAUGGAUUGCUGGGUCCAAAGUGGAAGAAUCGUCAUUUGCAGUCGUCCAAUCAAACCGUGGUGGAGACGGAACAGGAGUCCACUCAGUAGUAGCAAUCAAACUGCUAAUCUUUUACUGCUAAAGGAAAAGAGUGCCUCCUAGCUAGAGCUUGCUACCAUCUAGCCUUACCACCCUCUCCCUCUUCGAUGUUGUUCUGCUCGCGUUCCUGUAUCCUGCCCCCCCCCCCAUACCGGUAGUUCCCUCUAACCCAUAGUAACUUCUCCUAUUGAACAGAGGCACAGAGCCAGUUGUCUCAGCCCGUUGAAGCAUGAGGGAGAGCCAUCUGUGGAGAAGCUGGCAGAGAGGGUAAAGAUAUGUAGGCGAGGCAUUCGUGGUAUCUUGCGCGGUCACUCCCCACAUUGGGUUGAGAGCGGCUUGGAUUCCGUCACUAACAAAUAACACGGAGACACGUCGGCCAGGCAUACUUUAGUUUUUUUAAUAGCUAAAUAAAUAUCGAUAAGACAUCAACUCAAACCGUCC